ACGAGAUCGAUAAUACAUACGGAUAUUUAUCAUAUGAUCGAUUGAGUGAGAUUAAAUUUUUAAACUCCCGCAAUACAAAUGAAAUCGAAGAAGCAUGAAUGCGAUUAAUAUGAACUGGUUAGCUUCAGCAGAAGCAGAAUCUUUGAUCCAUCAUUUCUACGUAAAUUCUUCUAAAAAAAGGAGAUUUUAUGGUAUUCUGGAGAAGCCAUCGUUGCCUUCUUCCAUCGAGGAAGUCACUUACAAGAUCUUUAUGAUAGGUAGAUCUGGCGUUGGAAAGACUUCAGUAAUAGCAAGACUCGCAGGUAUCCUCGACUCUAACAGUUAUACCGAAACCAAUGGAAUAAGGAAAACAAACAUUUACUGGCCUGUAAAAAUUUGGGAUAAAGUCGUUCUAUUUAAACUACAAUUUUGGGAUACCUCAGAAAAUAGCAUAAAAAAAUACAAUCAUAUUUUACCAGUAUGCAAAGAUAAAGUUGAUGCGGUAUGUUCUGUGUUUUCCUUUGACGAUGCAGCAAGCUUCAAUGACAUUCCAUACUUGAUGAAUACAAUGAUCAAUAUAAAAGGAAAACCAGCAAACAUAGUCAUUGGCACAAAGUUCAAACCUUGGUCAAGCUCUAUGAUAGAUGAAGGACAAAUUAAAGAAUUUGAGGACAAGUGGAAAGUUAAGGUGAUUAAAAUUGAUGCCAGCAAAUCAUCAGUAAGAUCUGAAAUAUUUGAUUGCUCGUAUCAAUUGAAUGUCAUUUGUAACAUCUUGUGGAAUAGAGAUAAAGAAUUUAUAUCUAAACUAAUGGGACAAGUUUGA